AUGGGAGAUUACGGCCCCGGAGUGUCGUCACUCACGGCACAGCUACCUGGAAAUCCGCCUGUCUCUGAAACAGAUCAGGAUGAGAUCUCAGUACUUGUAACGGGCUUUGGGCCAUUCAAGUCUAAUCUAGUGAACGCCUCAUAUCUGAUAGCCUCGUCCCUACCACCCUCUUUCACAUUCUCACCUGCAUCUUCAGACGGCUCUGAUGCUGUUCCCCGUCGAGUUUCGAUAAAUGUCCAUCCUUCACCCAUACCCGUUGCAUAUUCAUCGGUGCGGACGACCCUCCCCGUCAUUCUCGAUGACUAUGCCAAGACGCACGGAGGCCGACGCCCAGACAUCGUCAUACACAUUGGCAUAGCAGCAAUGAGGAACUACUAUUCCGUGGAGACGCAGGCUCACCGUGAUGGGUAUCUGAUGUCCGACAUCAAAGGCAGAUCCGGGUACGAGGAUGGCGAGAAGCUGUGGAGGGAGCUCGACUUGCCACUGGUGCUUAGGGCUGGCCCUUCAGAGGGACACGCCUCGGAGAAGAAACAUCUCAGCCCCCGUCCACCGGACGAAGAUUUCCUAGCAGCAUGGAAGACAUUUUGCCCUCCAGAAACCGAUGCGCGGAUCUCCACUGAUGCCGGACGUUAUCUCUGCGAGUUCAUCCUGUACACCAGCUUGGCACUGGCAUACCAGGCGGGUGAGGAUCGCAAUGUCACCUUCUUCCAUGUUCCCGCGUCAUGCUUGGAUGAGGAUAUAGAGACGGGCAAGGAGGUUGCCGUCGCGCUAAUCAAGGCUCUUGUGACUAGCUGGAGUGAGCAGCAGCACAGCGUUCCCUAG